AUGAACGUCGACACCAUCUCCGACUUCCUCGCCGAGCAACGGGAUAGCGCCCCCGAUGAGCUGCAGCACCUCGUGCUCGAGUUUGAGACACUAUGGGAACGCAAGCUAUGGCACCAGCUCACCAACCAACUGAUCGAGUUCUUCAACAACCCAGGUAGCGCACCGCAGCGCUUACAGUUCUACAAGGUCUUCGUCCUCAAAUUUGCCGAUAAGAUCAACCAACUCAAGCUCGUCGACCUUGCGUUGAAGGCAGCUACACAAUGUAGAGACAACCAGGAGCGGCUCUCCUUCAUGGAGGCGGUCGUUAAGAAGGUGGAUAACGAAGAGUCACAGGACGCUUUGGUAUUCGCCACAAUUGCGGUGGCCCGCGUGAGGCUUGACCUCGAGGACCUCGACGGCGCGAGGAAAGACCUAGACCGGGCCGAGCGGGUUCUCGACAGCUUCGACUCGGUUGAGACGAUCGUGCACGCGGCCUUCUACGGCGCCAACGCCGACUACUACCAGGCCAAGGCCGACUUUGGCUCGUACUAUCGCAACGCCCUCCUCUACCUCGCCUGCAUCGACAUCAAAUCCCUGUCCCCCGCCGAGCGGCGCAGCCGCGCCUACGACCUGUCGAUCGCCGCGCUGGUCAGCAGCAGCAUCUACAACUUCGGCGAGCUGCUGCUGCACCCGAUCCUGGACGCGCUCUCGGAGCGUGAGGAAGACAAGUGGCUGCGCGAGCUCCUCUUCGCCUUCAACCGCGGCGACCUGGCGGCGUACGACGUGCUGGCGAACCACAUCAAGUCGAACCCGCUCCUGGCCCAGCACGCCCGGCAGCUGCGCGAGAAGAUCUACCUGGCGGCACUGACCGAGGCCGUGUUCCGGCGCCCGCCGCACGACCGCGCCAUGACGUUCGCCACCAUCGCGGCCGAGACCAAGGUGCGGCCCGACGAGAUCGAGCACCUGAUCAUGAAGGCGCUCAGCCUAGGCCUGCUGCGCGGCACCAUCGACCAGGUCGACGAGGUGGCGCACAUCAACUGGGUGCAGCCCAAGGUGCUGGACAUGAAGCAGAUCGAGAACAUGCGCGGGCGACUAAAGGAGUGGGACUCGAGCGUCAACCAGCUGGGCAACUGGAUCGAGACCGUGGGGCAGGAUGUGUGGGCGGCAUAG